UUUCGUAUACAUUGAAUGGCUUCUUGCAAGAACACAAUUCUUCUUUUGGAACCAUUCCACACUGGCUCACACCGCCAGCUGAUGGACCUACUGCACGCUGAGGUACCCGGAAGUAGUCUGGUAACCAUGACAGGGAAGAAAUGGCAUUGGAGAGCACGCACGGGGGCGCUGUACCUCAGCCAGACAAUUCUAAGAUCACACUGCUUCAGGACAUUAUUUGCCAGCUCCGUGUUGAACCUGGCGGAGUUGAUUGCACUUCGCCCUGAUCUUUCACCUCUAAAAAAGGUCCUGUACUUCCACGAGAACCAGCUCACAUAUCCCGUACAGGCGCACAAACAGCGACCAGAGAGGGACUUCCAGUAUGGCUAUAAUCAAAUUAUGUCAUGUGUAGUCGCGAAUCAAGUGCUAUUUAACUCUGAGUUCAACAAGACAUCAUUCUUGGCCAACAUCAAGUCAUUCUUUAAGCUUAUGCCAGACCAUCAUCCUUCAGGUGUAGCUGACCAGAUAUCGCCUAAGUGCCACGUUUUAAACUACCCUAUAGUGUUUCCGGAAACAGUGCCUGAAGUAAAUAACGUUGGAAGUGCAACAGGGGACGUUACAAGUAACAUGCUAUGUGCUAGUCAAAAUAAAGAAGAUUGUGUAAAACAUGCACACAUAAGCGGAACAAAACGGUUAAAGAAAGAUGAUUCACCAUUGCAUAUAGUUUGGCCCCAUAGAUGGGAGCAUGACAAGAACCCAGAGUCAUUUUUCCAGGCGAUGGUGCAGCUACAGGCAGCAGGAUGUGACUUCCAGUUGUCAGUCAUCGGUGACCAGUAUUCAGAAGUACCAGCCAUUUUCGAAGAAGCCAGUUCACAGCUCAAGGAUAAAAUACGGUACUGGGGUUUUCAGAAGACACGUGGGGAGUACUUCCGGGUACUGCAUGAGGCGGAUGUUGUCGUGUCCACAGCCAAUCACGAAUUCUUCGGUGUUGCCAUGUUGGAGGCAGUACACUGCGGUUGCUACCCUUUGGUUCCUAACAGACUUGUGUAUCCAGAAAUAUUUCCAGAUGAGAACAUUUACAAUACAGACAACCAGUUGUUCAAAAGACUAAGAGAUUUCUGCAAGAACCCGAGUAUGCUGAGGCGAAAAGAAAUUAAGAUCGAUACACACCGGUAUAGUUGGGCCUCACAUCGGGCUCAAUUCCUAGAGAUUCUAGAACCUCCAACCAUUCCUUCAGCAACAGCCAAUACCAGCAGGAACGGACAUUUGGCAUAAACUGCGGAUACCAAUGCCAGCAAUGUGUGAAAAUUGAAUUGAUUGUACCAUGUCGUUUUGUACAUAAAUAUAAGACAAUA